GCUCCGGCUGCCGCCGCUGCCCCUGCCGCGGAGGCUUUUGCCGGUGAGGUGAGCUGAGCUGAGCUCUGCUGACCUGAGGUGUGUUUUUGGGCUGGUGCCGCCGGCGGCCGAGGAGUAGGUGGGGAACCGGGCCAGCGGGGACGGCAGGUCGGUCGCUGCCUUGUUUCCCCAGCUUCGGUUCCGUCUGCGUUGCUGCAGGGAGGCCGCCCCGGCCCGGCGAGCUGAACCAAUGCUGGAUCUGGAGGUGGUGCCGGAACGCUCUUUGGGGAACGAGCAAUGGGAAUUCACGCUGGGAAUGCCUCUGGCUCAGGCAGUAGCCAUUCUUCAGAAGCACUGUCGCAUCAUCAAAAAUGUCCAGGUUCUCUACAGUGAACAGUCUCCUCUAAGCCAUGACCUCAUCCUUAACCUGACUCAGGACGGGAUCAAACUGCUGUUUGAUGCUUUCAAUCAGAGACUUAAGGUGAUUGAAGUAUAUGACUUGACUAAAGUAAAGUUAAAAUAUUGUGGAGUGCAUUUUAACUCUCAGGCCAUAGCUCCCACCAUUGAGCAGAUUGACCAGUCUUUUGGUGCAACCCAUCCUGGAGUGUACAACUCCGCUGAGCAGCUCUUCCACCUCAACUUCAGAGGACUGUCUUUCUCUUUUCAGUUAGACUCAUGGACCGAGGCUCCCAAGUACGAGCCCAAUUUUGCCCACGGUCUAGCUUCUCUCCAGAUACCCCACGGGGCGACUGUGAAACGAAUGUACAUCUACAGUGGAAACAGCCUACAGGAUACAAAGGCUCCCGUGAUGCCCCUCAGCUGUUUCCUUGGCAAUGUGUAUGCUGAGAGUGUGGAUGUUCUUCGAGAUGGAACUGGACCCUCAGGUUUACGACUUCGGUUACUUGCUGCAGGUUGUGGACCUGGCCUAUUAGCAGAUGCCAAGAUGCGGGUAUUUGAACGUUCAGUGUAUUUUGGUGAUUCCUGCCAGGAUGUUCUUAGCAUGCUUGGCUCUCCGCACAAGGUCUUCUAUAAGUCAGAAGACAAGAUGAAAAUUCAUUCUCCUUCCCCUCAUAAACAAGUUCCAUCCAAGUGCAAUGACUACUUUUUUAACUACUUCACUCUUGGAGUGGAUAUCCUCUUUGAUGCAAAUACACACAAAGUGAAGAAGUUUGUCCUACACACCAAUUACCCUGGGCAUUAUAAUUUUAACAUUUAUCACCGCUGUGAGUUCAAGAUCCCACUAGCCGUAAAGAAAGAAAAUGCAGAUGGUCAGACAGAAACAUGCACAACCUACAGCAAGUGGGACAACAUCCAAGAUCUCCUGGGCCACCCUGUGGAGAAGCCUGUUGUCCUGCAUAGGUCCUCCUCCCCAAACAACACCAACCCAUUUGGCUCUACAUUCUGCUUUGGUCUUCAGCGGAUGAUCUUUGAGGUCAUGCAGAAUAACCAUAUUGCCUCGGUGACCCUGUACGGCCCCCCCAGGCCUGGUGCCCACCUGAGAACAGCGGAGCUCCCCUAAGGACAUCACCACCCAUGCCCCUCUGCCCCGUGGAGCUGUGCAUUGCAUCCUGUUCAACGGGCCUCCAUGUGCCACCCUGUGGGUUUUCUUGGACACCUUGCCAGUGUUGAAAGGCUGUUGUGAUGUUCUGAGUUGGGGCUCAGACUGGGUGCUCUGCCAUGGGGUGAGAGGCCCAAAUAUUCCUCUGUCCGUCCUCAGCCUGCUGGUGCCAACAGAGGACACAGACUGCAAAGAGAAGCACAAACUCUGAGCCUUGAUACCUGGACCCAGGCGACCUCGACUAACACAUACAGAGGCAGAGUUCUGUCUCUCCUGUUCCACACGCAUUGGGAAAAGUUGGGACUCUUUCUGUGGCUGAGGACACAGGCACCCGGGACGAGGACGAGGUCCUGCCUUUGGCCCAUCAUUACCAUGUGACCCUUAAGGCAAGCAGGUAGCAUGUCCAUAGUACUUGGUUGCGACUUUUGCACUACAUCCACUUUAGUUACUUGAUGAGCUGGCUGUGGCCAAGGUGGCCCACCUGCCUUUCCCUGUUCCUUCCUUGCACGUGCUCCCUACCAGGCCCAGUAGGCACACCCAACUCAUUGAAACACAGCUUUUUACCAUCCAGGUAUGUGCCCAGGCCUGGUUCCUGCCCCUCUUGGAGCCAGCCUUCAAGGUCACCUGUGCCCCUGCUCUGCCCCAACCUGGCUGGCAGGCUGCAUGUUUCCAUCCUGUUUGCCUCUUUUAUUUAAUGCCAAAGUUUUAGCCAAAGACAUCUUCCUCCUUUUAUUGUUUCAGCAUUCUGUUCUGCACUGUGGGCUGGCUCUCUUGCCCCAACCCUGGGCAAUGUCCCCUGGCCAGGCCCAUUCAUGGUUCAAGGCCUCUGGGGGCUCAAGGAAGGCUGGGCUGCUCAGUCUUUUCAUGGGUCUUGCUAAGGAAAGUAGCAUAUGUGCUUUAAAAAUAAUCCUUUUGAAAAGAAUUGAGAAGAGAAAUGUAUAAUUUUACCCCAUUUUUAAUAUUUUGGUCUAGCAACUUGUGAUACAUAGAUGACAAUUUUGUGAGUUUUUCAAAUGUGUGUACAGACUUUUGUAAAUAUGACUCUUUUGUAAUUAACUCAUGUACAGCCUCAUCCUGUAGAGUUUAACAAUGAAUGUGGAGGGGACCUGCCCCAGGCUCCUAGGUGGUUCCUGGGCUUACAGCCAGGCUUGUGUGGCGUUCCCAUAAUUUUGUGACUGACUGGUGUCUUCCCAUUUGGACUGUGGCCUGGCCAGAGACCCACACACACAUCCCCCUGUAGGGGCAGCCAGGACUCUCCCCAUCUUCCUAGAAUAGGGGAACAUUCCUCAUGCCCUGCCCAUACCCCUCCAAUAAAAACCUGUGCCCUCAGCAGCUGCUCACCAUGUGCUGUUGCUGGGAUGUUUGUACUAAAAUAAGCAUGGAGGUGUUGAUUUUUAAGAACGUGGGUGAAGGAUAUGGGAAAUUUUAUGGUGGAGUCAUCUUAGGUUCCUUGGCUCUUCUGAGUGGGGCAGCACAGCCUCUAGUAAGAGACUGGCACUGUUGUGUGUGUGUAAAUUCUUAUGUGGUGAGAAAAGACUCUAGGUAGGACCAUGCACUUGUUUGUCCCUGUGUGCGUCCAUCCCUGGUGUUCCAGCCAGACCAGGGCCCAGGAGGGGUUGGCUUCGGGAAGGGACACCUCAGAAGAAGAUCUAAAGAUCAGUACAGGGCUGAAAAUCCAAUUUGGAUGGGCAGGUGGGAAGCAAAAUGCUUACCUUCAGAUUGAGUUGUAGCAAAAUGCCUGCCAGUUCCAGGACCCCACACCUCCUCCAGCCUUGAGAGAGACCUGCAUUUGCAUCACUCUAGGACUUCCAAAUCAAGGAGUAUGGUCAGAUUCCAUGAGCCUAUGCGACCACCAUCCCCAAACCCCAAAAACCUACUUGGUAGUAGGAAGGUCAAACAUGUCCACCUGUUUGGCAGAGCCUGCUGCUCUAAGGCCUCAGCCCUGGCUGUCCUAAAGGGCUACCAUUCAGGUGGUUCUAGAUCAGCUCCGAAUAAGGUAGGCCAGCAGGAGCCAAGUUCAAUCUUAAUUCCCUGGGGACCUGUGGAGGCAGACUUCUGGUGAUAUGGGCUAGAUUUUUGAAAUCUUCCGCCUCUGGGGAAGAACUACAUACACGGU